AUGCCUGAUGAGCAUUUGGAGUGGAGGAAAACUGCUCGAGUCAAUAGAAUCGCGACUUCAGAAGAGAACAUCGUAUUAGAUAAGUUGUUGGAAUACUACUCAUCUUGGUAUUCUUUGCAAAAGGGAGUCGCAUGGUUGCGACGGUUUGUCCUGUUUUGUUGUACGAAGUUUAAAGAAUCAACAAGCGGACCAGAAGAAAACAUCAAAGGAUAUCUGACUGUAAAAGAAAUACAAGAUGCAACUGAAAAGAUCGUGCAAUUGGUACAGCGCAAGUAUUAUCAUGAAGAGAUUGAAACAUUGAAACCAAACGAGUCAGAAAGCUAUGAACCGCGCAAGAACAAUGCUAAAAGCCUAUUGAAGAGGAGUACCUUGAGGAAAUUGAACCCAAUAUUGGUAAAUGGAACUUUGCGAGUUGGAGGACGACUGGGAAGGUCAUUAUUACCCUUUAAUGAAAAACACCCUAUUAUUAUGCCUCAACGACACAAUGUUACUAAGUUGAUUAUUCAACAUUACCAUCAACGCGAAGGUCAUAUGGGAUCAAGACAAGUGCUAGCAGCCAUUCGAAAGUCAUUCUGGAUCAUUCAUGGGCCCAGUGAAGUACGAAAGCAAAUAAAAGGUUGCAUGGAUUGUAAAAAACGAUUUUCCAAGCCAGGUGAGCAAAUAAUGGCUAAUCGUCCAGAUGUACGAGUUACUCCAACUAAUCCGCCGUUCACAUUUGUUGGUGUGGACUAUUUUGGCCCAAUCAUGGUGCGACAGGGUCGAAGCCAAGUGAAACGGUAUGGUUGUCUAUUCACAUGUCUAACUAUGAGAGCAGUACAUAUCGAAAUUGCCCACUCUUUGGACGCUGAGUCGUUUCUGUGUGCGUUCAGUAGAUUUAUAAACAGACGAGGUCAACCGAGUCAUGUCUACAACGACAAUGGGACACAUUUUACGGCGACCUACUCUACGUUAAAGGACGAAUUCAAGAAACUUCAAGAUAAAGCUUCUCAAAUGCGAAUUCAAGAUCAGCUUCGAAAAUCCUACAUUCAAUGGCACUUCAACCCCCCUGCUGCAAGCCAUAUGGGCGGAAUUUGGGAGAGGGUAAUUAGAUCGAUUCGUAGAAUUCUAAAGGCAUUGUUACAAGAGCAAGUUGUUAAUGAUGAAGCACUUUUAACAUUUAUGGUGGAAACUGAACGGAUCCUGAACGAUCGUCCACUUAUUUGCCAAGAAAACCAUCCAGAUCGAUGACCUGGAUCCUCGCACACCUAACAAGCUACUUUUACUUCGUUCAGACCAUCCUCUUCCUUUAGGAGUUGUUAUAAAUGUUGACAAGUACAACCGGCGUUGGAGACAAGCGCAAGAAUUGGCCAACGCGUUUUGGAAAAGAUGGCUGAGAGAUUAUCUCCCUCUUCUGCAAGAAAGGCAGAAAUGGACAGCAGAGAAACGUAAUCUGCAGGUUAAUGAUUUAGUUUUAGUGGUAGACGAGAGAGUAACACGUGGACAAUGGCCGAUGGGACUGGUAGAGGAAAUCUAUCCAGAUAAGUAUGGCGUUGUGAGACAGGUGUUGGUUCGUGCUUCAAAUGGAAAAUUAAGGAGAGAUACAAGGAAACUGUGUUCGCUCAAAGGAGCUUGCUGA